GGAGUCCGCGUUUGGAUUUUGUAUUUACAGCUUUGGAAUUCCAAUUUGCUGCUGCCGCGCAGCUGAGAUUUAAAUCGCCUAGUCGGGUGAAUGGGCUUGCUCUAGCUUCCGCAAACCCUCGCAGACGUCUCCUUUUUGUCUUGAAGCAGCUCAGUGCUUAAGGCGAUUGGCCCCGGCAAGGGACGUCGCCGGCAUAGUGGAGGUGUUCCCAGGGGUGGGUAAGAGGGACACGUCAUGUUCGCCCCCAGUUCGGGCUGGGGGCUUGGCUGCCUCAGGCUUGGUCAGCGCCGUGUGUGGGCUGGCGCUGGGAUCUGGACUCUUCGGGCCUGCCAGGCCAGGCGGUACGGCUCAGCUGGGGGCGAGCGGCGGCCGGGAUCCGAGCCCGAGGCCUCUCUGCCUGGCCCAGUGCGCCGGACUCUGAAGGAGUGGACGUUCCUAGUUAGCCCGUUCGGUCAGCUGCGGGUGAGGCUCCCCUGUCACCUGUCUGUGAGGCCCCUAGACCCCCUCACGUACCCCGAUGGCGACCGCAUGCUGGUCGAGGUGUGCGGCGUGGAGGGCGGAACACUGGACCUGAAUGACCUGCAGGUGAAGUAUGACGAGGCCCUGCAGGAGAUGGCCAUCCUGUCUGACACCAUCGACCCCCAGGCGUCGGUGGAGGUGAACACACCCCUGAAGUUUGAUUUGAAUAUCAAGUCAUCAGGGUCUGGCUGUGUAAAAGUCCAAAAUAUUCAGUGUGAUAAUUGCAAAAUUGAAACUGAACAGGGAACCAGCAUCUUACAGUCUGUUAAGAGUCAAAAACUACAUGUUAAAACAAAAGGAGGCAAAGUGAUCUGUCUGGGGACAAUUUAUGGAAAUAUAGACAUUCAUGCAUCAGAUAAAAGUACUGUGACCAUAGAUAAACUGCAGGGAAAUUCUGUUAAUAUAUCUACUGAAGAUGGUUUGCUGAACGCCAAGUAUCUUUAUACAGAAUCAUCAUUUCUGUCUUCUGCUGCUGGGGAUAUUGCAUUAGGAAGUGUUCAUGGUAAUAUAAUAAUACAAAGCAAGAUGGGUAACAUCACAAUAGAUUCAUCUUCAGGAUGUCUAAGAGCCUCAGCUCAUCAGGGCGCCAUAGAUGUCUAUGUCAGCCAACUGGGGAAAGUGGAAUUGAAAUCUCACAAAGGCUCUGUUAUUGUCAAGGUUCCAUAUUCUCUUCAAGCUCAUUUACAAUUAUCAGGGAAAGAAGUUGAUGUGAACCCAGAAAUCUGUGUUCAGGAAAUGGCUGAAGCUCAUAAGGAUGAUGGUAUAAUAAUUACUGGACUCAUGAAUCAAGCAAGCAAACAUGAAAAAUGUAUUAAUGUUGCUGCCCCAAAAGGCACUGUAAGUUUAAGAAGUCAAAGCUGGUUUCAGUCUUUGAAACUACAAGACUAAGAAUGGUUUGAUCUAUAUUUGUGCUUUUAAAACAAUGAUUAGCAGAUCUGUAACUAUAAAAAAAUGUUAAUUCUACUAUUUAUAUAAAUGCUAAAAACAACAGCAUUGGGAAUUAAUACUGGUAAAUAGUUUUUUUGAGGUGGGGGCUUUUUCAAAAUUUGUACUUGGUCAGUAUGAAGAUUCCUCAGAAAACUUGGAAUGGACUCACCAUUUGACCCAGCUAUCCCACUCCUAAGUCUAUACCCAAAGAACUUAA